GUGAAAUGUGAGUGCUACUGGCCAGAGCAGAGCCAGACCUACGGUGACAUCACAGUGUCCGUCCAGAAAAUCACCCAGACUGCCGCCAUCAUCACCCGCACCUUCAGCCUGAAGAAAGCGCAGUCUAUGGUGCAGAUUACGGUGGAACAGCUCCAGUACUUGCGCUGGCCGGAUCAUGGGGUGCCCAGGAACACGUCUGACCUGGUGCAACUGAUAGCACUGAUGGACAAGUGUAGGACCCCCGGGUCCGGACCCACCAUCGUACAUUGCAGUGCUGGGAUUGGCAGAAACGGGCACAUUUAUAGCACUGGAUAUUCUCCUGAAGAUGGCGCAUGCGGUUUGAAGAAAGUGAAUGUCUAUAAGUGUGUGUCAGAGCUGAGGAAGAAGAGAUUGAAGAUG